AGGGAGUGAUUGUCUUGUGAGAAACGUGCACCCACAGGUAAUGAAGAUGGUACAGGGCUCAUCUUGCACUGUUUUCGCUGCUGUCAUGUUAACGUAUGACACUAUAUGACAGAAAUUGCCACUCCACUGUUCCAUGUUUCAAGCAGACACAAGGAAGUAGGACUCUCCUUACUGGAGAGACUAUAAAAUGCAUGUUAUGAAUUGUCUCUCUUUGGUAAAUGAUAAAGAAAAUGGAGCUAUUUCAGUUGCCACUGGAUUAAUGAAUGAAGAUACAACAACAGCACCACCGCCGCCAUGUCCGUCCACAGGUGCUGUCCUUCCACCUCCACCACCAGAGUUGCCUCCACCACUACCACCACCACCACCACCACCACCACCUCCUCCUCCUCCACCAGGGCCAUCUCAGUCUCUGCCACUGCAGUUCCUGAAUGGGCAUGGCCGCCAGAGUAAAAAAAAACGAAUACGGAGUUUUUUUUGGAAAACAAUCCCAGAAGAGCAAGUCCGUGGUAAAACCAAUAUCUGGACUAUUGCCGGAAGACAGCACUACCAGAUCGACACAAAGACAAUUGAGGAGCUCUUUGGGCAGCAAGAAGAAACCAAGUCUCUGGAUUCCAGAAAUCGUUCCUCAAGAUCAUCAUUUAAAGAUACUAAAGAAGAGGUUUCUGUGUUGGAUGCCAAAAGAAGUAUGAAUAUUGGAAUAUUUCUCAAACAAUUUAAAAAGUCUGCUCGGUCCAUAAGUGAAGAUAUUUAUCAUGGAAGAAGUGACCCCUAUGGAUCUGAGACACUGCGUGAAUUACUUAAGUUAUUGCCUGAAGCAGAAGAGGUAAAGAAAUUAAAAGGCUUUGAUGGAGAUGUAUCAAAACUGUGUCAAGCUGAUUCCUUUAUGUACUUACUAAUCCAGGUGCCAAACUAUUCUCUUCGGAUUGAAGCCAUGGUACUGAAGAAGGAAUUCGCACCUUCUUGUACUGCUCUACAGAAUGAUAUGACAAUAAUAAAAGUGGCUACAAAAGAGUUAAUGACAUGUGAGGAACUGCAUUCCAUAUUACACUUGGUCCUUCAGGCUGGGAAUAUUAUGAAUGCAGGAGGCUAUGCUGGCAAUGCUGUUGGAUUUAAACUAUCAUCACUGCUCAAGCUGGCAGACACAAAAGCAAACAAACCUGGAAUGAAUUUGCUGCAUUUUGUUGCUUUGGAAGCCCAGAAGAAAGAUGCAGUUCUUCUAAGCUUUUCAGAAAAAAUACAGCAUGUUUAUGAUGCAGCCAGGUUAUCUGUUGAUAAUAUAGAAGUAGAACUUCAUUCAUUAUCUGCCAAGACAAGAUCCGUUAAAGACCAUAUUCGACAGGACCCAGAACUCUUUCACCAGAUGGAGGGUUUUAUCCAGCUUGCUGUAGAAGAACUAAAAGAGCUAGAACACCAGAAACGAGAAUUGCACAAGGUGGGAAAUGCUCUUAUUGACUUUUUCUGUGAAGACAAAGACACUAUGAAAUUGGACGAGUGCUUCCAGAUAUUUAGGGACUUCUGCAUAAAGUUCAACAAGGCUGUUAAGGAAAACAGGGAACGAGAGAUCCAAGAAAUUCAUCAUCGGCAACGAGCAAAAGAGCUGGAAGAAAAGCGCCGAUCCUGGGCUGCAGGAGAGCUUGGAGGCUUUGGGAGAAGCAGUAGUGAAAAUGAUGUUGAGAUGCUGAGUAGGAAAGGACUUGAAGAAUUUCUUCCAUUUUUGCAGCAGAGGCCCCAAAGCCCUUCAUAUAGAAAUACCAGCUCCAGACGCUCCCGACUAUCUCUGGGAAUUACUGCAGACAGAGAGCUUCUGACAUUUUUGGAGAUCUCAAAAGAUGAGGAUCCAAACAAAUUUAACAGCCUUCCUCGAGCAAACACCCGCCAAGGAAGACCUAGCGUAGCUUGGAUUGAGUCCAAAGAAAAUAGAGAUACUAAUUUAAAUGAUUUGCACUUAAAACAAGCACCUGAAGCCAAAAUGAACAGUGGUGAUCAGCUCCAGCUACCCUCAGCUCAGUCCACUCACUUAAAGUACAUGGCGUCAGGCUCUACCAGUACUAAUCUCUACUCACAAAAGAACACUGACAACAACAUACAUAUAUCCAAUGUGCCUUCUGAGGAGUCCACAGACAUAAAUGAUUUGGCCCUUGCCUUUAGGGAAGAUGAAGUUAAAGGAUUUCUUAAGCUUGAUAUUCAAGGAACAAAGUGCAGGGAAGAGAUGGCUUUAAUAAAUUCAGAGGAAGUUGGUGCAGCAGAUGUAGAGACUCUAGAUGACUUGAGCUUACGCUCCCUCAGCACGGCAGAUGAUGAUGAUUCAAUGCCGUCCUGCAGAAGUUCCAAAGAGGCCUCUGGCAGUAAAGCCAAGUCAGCAAGUUGCAAGAGCAAAGUUUCAGAGCCCAGCAGUAGUGGCCCAACCUCUAUGGAUACCAGUGUUUCUGGAAGUAAAGAACACGGGCCAAUGUUCUAUACAUCUGAUACUACUGACUGUUCUCUAACUUUGGACUAUUCAGAAGGAAACAAUUUUAAACUAAGGGGAAGUGAAAUGAGAAGGGAAGAUGACAAAGUGCACUCCUCUGUGAAUGAUGGUCUGGAUGGGAAUAUGACAAUUCCUUCAAACCUGCAUUCUGCUUCUGCAAGGGUGGCCUCUCUUCAUACUUCCUCAAAUGAUAAAGAGGAUUCCAGCAGCAAGCAUGGGCUUCCUAAGGAAAAGCUUGUGAAAAGUAAAGAAACAUUAGGACCAAAGAGAAACUCUCUAAAAGAUAGAUCACCAAGCUCCUCAAAACCAACUGGACCUCACCCUGGCCAUACAGCUACUUCCAGGCCCAUACGAACUUUGAACGCAUCUGAAAAUGAGAGUAUGAGGAAAGUGGUGCCCAUUUCUAGGUCAAGUAAAGCACCAAGCAGCGUAAAAAAACCAGAAGCCAAACCAGCGCCUCGGGAAGCCAGUGCAACUGAAACACGACUGUCACGUCGCAACUCUCUCCGUGGCACGACAGACACCAUGCCAAGAAGUCCAUACCGGCACAGCAUAUCAGUUGAGGAGCCAAGAUUCCAGAGAGGGACUGCAACUACAAGCGGUGCUCAUUUUGAGAGGGACCAAGGUCAGCAGAGGGGGGGCUCGUUCAAAAAGCCUGGUUCUAAGCCUAUCAGAAAUAUUCCCAAGCCAAAACCAGAUGAAACUAAGAUUUGUCGCACUACUGUAAAACCCCAGACGACUACUGAUGCUGCUAAAAGCAUGGCCGUCAGCGCUCCCAAGACACCAUCCUCCGUCCCAAGCUUUGCAAGGAACACAGUGGCCUCUUCUUCAAAGCGUGCGAAAGCAGAUCCGGCUAACCCUUCCAAACCUCCAGGCUUCGCAAGGUCCAUCUCUCAGAGGUUGCCUAAAAUGAGACCAGCAGCAACCUGUGAUGACCUGAGUCCAAACGAAAACAGUGGAAGUACCUUAAAGAGAGCAAGUAGUGUUAAAGUUGUUGGAAGAAGCUCUGACCAUAGUGAUUUUCUCAGCACUAAAGUGGAGCCUACACCAAAGGAAAAAGGUGUAAUAGAAAAGUCUUCUCUUAAAUUCAAAGACGCAAACCGGACCACACUAGGCAAAAUACUGAAGCCAUUACUAAAAUAAGCAUUUGGGGGAGGGUUGGUGUUGUUGGGUGGGGGGGUUUUUUAUCUUGGAAUGUGAACAUGUGUUUUAAGCACUGGAUGUCCUUGUAAAAUAUUUAAAACAGUAAUAUCACUGUUAACUGUAGUCUCAUAGUAAUUAACAUACAGUAAAUAUGCCAUUGGAAGAUAGUAAUUUCUUUUGUUCUGGUCUAAAUUCUCCUUUAAGUAUGAGUUUUUGAAUGUAUUUAAAGCUACCAUGGUGGAGUACAAAUGUAACAUACCUUGUGCAUUUGUGGUACAAGUAGUUGACCAAAAAACAAACAAACUUGAAGGAAUUUUGAACUACAAGAUGAAAUGCCUUUGUCACAAAAAGUAUGGAUUAUGGCCAGUUUUUGUAUACAUAACAAUCUUUUUAAGACUCAAGCAUUAUUGCUAGUUGGUUCCUCCAUUCAACGUUGAAGCUACUUCUGUGGAAUGGUACAAAAAUGAACUUUGUUAAACUGGCAUUUUUUGUCUCACGUUUUUCCCUGGAUUCAGGAAUCAUUUUUGCCUGUUGCAGAGUCCAUUGCUGGCAAUUGGACACUAGGAACCAUUCACCUGAAAUGGUAAAAUGGGACAUGCACUCUGUGUCCGUCUUAACCUCAUUGAAGAAUUUAUGGCAUGUCUUAUUAGUGUGUAUGUGUGUCUGAGGAAAACUCUGCAGGGCAGAAAGUUUUCUCUCCAUGAAUGUGGCAGAAUUGUCAUGCAUGUACAAGUAGAAUAUAGUAAGAAGUGACAGGUGUUGGAUCUAGUUGUGUAGCUGGAGGCCACGCCUAUAGGAAAUGCCACCAGUAGCUGUUAGGGAUGAUGCCUACUCCUGUUCUGACUCGUUUCAGUCAUGUGCAAACUUGCCAGCUUUUAGUAAUACAAAAAGUGCCAUAUAUUUAUGAUACAUAUCAAAAGUGGUGCAGCUCAGCUUUUGAAGGCUGCAACCUGGUGCAGUGCACUUUCUUACCAUUCCAUAUUUUCACUGGUUUGUCUACUGCCAAGUUACUUGAAUGCUGGUAUGGCUUUGAAAGAGCCGUCAGUUUCCCGUCCUCUUCCUUUCUUUGUCAACCUGAGUAUUUAGCAUGAAACAUAUAGCUUACGCAUGACAAUGCUUUUUGUGACUUAAACUUCUUUGGUGGCUUCAAAUGUGGUUUUUAAUGAUGUUUAAAGAACCUAAAGGAUGAUUUAAAAGCUCAUUCUGAACUAGUAUUUGAUAAGCUUUAAAAAAAAAAUCUGCAGAUACUGAUUUUAAUAUUGUGUCAGACUAAGAUACAGAGAAUGAGGGAAAACUUGUUUGCUGUGCCGUACACCUUCCCAAGCAAAGCGUGGGUAGAUGAGGAAACUGAUCACUGUCCUCUAAAGCAUUGUGUUUAAACAGUUGCCUUUUUAUUCACGUAUGAAUGAAGCCUCAUUUGAGAAAAAGGAAAACUUAGAAGAUGAAAAUCUCUUUAGACAAGUGGUGGUGUCUCAUGAGUGAUCUAUUUGCCUGUCUGGUGCAUCUUUUCCCCCUUCCAUUUCAUGACUGUAUAAUUCAGUCCAAAUGAACUGUUUGCCCAUAUUCUUCCAAGGGCUAUCAACCAACCAAUCAGGGAUAUCCAACUUUGUGACUAUAAUAAGACAAGUGCCCCUUAACUCUUCCUGAUUCCAAUGUGAACAGUGUACCAAGAUACCAUUAUUAUAUGGGGCCCCUUCUAUGAGUCUGCCUCAAAUGAGAAUUUAUAUAGCCCACUUGCAGGUGAGGCCCUCGGAGUGAAUUAUUGUUUUCAAUCUCAAGCUUUUGGACCUUCCUUGUGGGUUAAAUAUGAAAGUGUCUUUAGCCCUAUCUGUAUCUUUUUGUGCACACAUCUGCAGGAGCAGGUGAUAGACCUUUUUUAAAAACCUUUUUAUCAGUAGUAAGCUUGAAAAAAGUAACUUAAAUGUGUUUGGGAAAUGUAAAUAAAUUUCUGUAAAUCUGUGUAAAAGCAAACUGCUGAAUGUAUUUAACGGACCAUUUAUACAUUUCGGAGUAAUGUGGUAGUAUAAUAAAGUUCCCAUUUACAGGGUUUGUGGUUUACAUUUUCCCCUUUUUCCUGUUGUAAUGUUGGUGUUAGAGCUCUAGUUGUUAAACUAACAUGGUCUCAGUGUGGGUCACUAUUAUUCAGUCUCAAAAAGAAGGACAAUAAAACAGAAAUUCUGGAGUUUAAA